AAGUUGUAUGUCCGCUCCAUUACAAAUCUCUCAUUUCCGUGGUCUCCACGCACAACUUACAGUUUCGUUUCGCUUGAUCUACGCCAUUGGAGAAACAAGAUGAAUGAAACACAACGGCCUUCGACGGACUCAUCGGUAGUCUCACAUGAACAAGAUGCUUUCUCAGGCAGUGUCCAAAAGAAUGAAGACAUUGAAAAGGCUCUUUUGCCUCACAGGGAGCAAAGGAUGGUACCUCGCGCUGUUCUGAGAGAAUCUUCAUGGUCGAAGCUGUGCAGCAGAAAGACCUCUCUCAUAACCUUUCUCAAUAUUGGGCUUUUCAUUGCCUCAUCCGCCAUGUGGCUAUGGCCUGCGCCCGCGAGACAUGGGUUGAAUAUUCAAGACUAUUGGAAAGAAACGUCGUUCUACUCGCCGAUUCUAGAGCGCUUUGAUAUCCCAAGAAUCAACAGAGUAACAAAUGGCACUCUAUACGAUACGAAUCCGCCAUCAAUUCUUCGCCAACGAGUUGGCGAGGAGGCCGACAAGGAGUGGCAUCGCAUCGGCGACCAUGUCUGGCCUUUGGUCAUUGGGGAAGUAGAUGUGAGGCAACUGGGGAAAGACCCGCACAUGGCUGUCAAGAUUCCAGAAGACCUUGGCUAUGGUUCAGAUGCAUACAUUGCCCAGACAGAGGUUUUCCACCUCCUCCACUGCUUAGACAUGCUGCGCAGGGAAGUUUCGUAUGAGCAUUACUAUGAGCCAAAAGAGGGACCUAGGCCAGGAGGUGCGCAGCAUCAAGCUCACAUUGGCCACUGCUUCGAUAUUCUGGCUCAGACAAUCAAGUGCACUGGGUCAGUGGACAUGAUCACCUUUAAUUGGGUCGAGAACUGGGAGCAGCCAUUCCCAGACUUCAUGAAUCACAAGGUGUGCCGCGACUUUGACGCGUUAUUGGGUUGGGUGAAUGAGAAUUCCAUGGACCCCAAAGUCUUCCAGAAGAUGAAGGUGCCUCCGCCUGGAUGGCCCGUCAUGCCGGAGCCAGGACCGGCCCCGUGA